AUGUCUGUUCAUAACCUAUCUAUCUAUCUAUCUAUCUAUCUAUCUAUCUAUCUAUCUAUCUAUCUAUCUAUUUUAUUCAUAUCUAUUUACCUCUCUCAUCCUGUUCAUAAUCUAUCUAUUUGUCUAUCCCAUUUUGUUCAUAUUUUUUUUACCUAUCUCAUUCUCUUCAAAUUAGAUUACAAUCUACUUAUCGAUCUAUCUAUCUCAGUUUGUACAUUAUCUAUCUAUCUAUCUAUCUAUCUAUCUAUCUAUCUAUCUAUCUAUCUGAUUCUGUUCAUUAUCUAUCUAUCUGAUUCUGUUCAUUAUCUAUCUAUCUAUCUAUCUAUCUAUCUAUCUAUCUCAUUUUGUUCAUUAUCUCUCCCUUUCUCUCUCUCCCUAUUAUCGUGUAAUACUCUUCUGUUUUACUUUCUGUUUAAUAUACGAUAUAUCUGCAACACUUGUUUUGUUAUUUCUUUAACCAUUUACUUGCUCACAACACUUAUUCUAUUCCCUAUCUAUCUAUCUAUCUAUCUAUCUAUCUAUCUUAUUCUAUUCAUUAUCUAUCUAUCUAUUUUCUAG